AUGCCUUAUUUUAUAGCUAAAGGGAAGACUGAUCUGAAAACACUGAUGGAUACAGUGCAAGAUAUUACAGGAGGAGAAGUUGACUUCAGUGAGCUGGAUAAUGUCCUGCAAAAAAUGGGGAUAGAGCCCUCACAUAAAGAACACUUGGAGCUAAAUAAGUCACUUCCAGUUAAUGCUAGUAUAAAUGUAUAUAAAAAUAGGUUGCUGACUUGUCCAAAAGAUAUAAUAGGGUUGCAGGUUGAUGACCAUGACCUUGACUCUAUUCUUGAAAACAUGGCAAUCAAACUUACAGCUGAGGAACUUAAUGAUCUUACUCCAACUCUACCAGUUGAUGCUAAUGGGAAGUUUGGUGUCAGUAUCUUAACAGAUGGAAUGGAUGGAGUAAAAGCUAUUAGAGGAAAGGUUGAUGUCAAUGACUUGAAAAAAGUUCCAGGAAACAUGGGGAGAGAACUCAAAGAUAAGAAACAUGGGGAGUUGGUGAACAAUCUGCCAAUCAAUGGAGGGAAGGUUAAUGCGAGUAAUUUGGAGAGCAUUCUGGGGGAAAUGAGGAUUAAGCUUCCAGAAAAGGAACAGGAAAAACUGACAGAAAACCUGCUACUUAAUGGAGAGAUUAUUGAUGUCAAUAAAGCAGAUGCUCCUUUGCAAAAUAUGGGGAUGAGCCUUUCAGAAAAGGAAAUUAAUGAUCUGAAACAUGAUCUACCAGUUGAUGUUCAUGGGAAGGUUGAAAUGAAAAAGCAUAUGGAUGGAAUAAAACUUUUUACAGGGCAGACUUGUUCCCAGAGCAGAAUGUUGGAUAAUGUGAAAUCCAUUAAAGGAAGAAUGGUUAAAAUCAAUAACUUAGACAAUGUUCUGGAAAACCUGGGAAUUGAACUCACAGAAAAGGAACGUGAAGGUCUGACAGAAUAUUUGCCACCUGAUGCUAAUGGGAAGAUUGGUCUCAAAAACUUGAUGGAAGCAGUGGAAACUGUUACAGGAGGAGAGGUUGAUGUCAGUGAUGUGGGAAAUGUCCUGGAAAACAUAGGAGUAACUGUCACAGAUAAGGAAUGUGGAGAACUGGUAAAAAAUCUGCCAGUUAAUGCUAAUGGGAAAGUCUACAAGAAUAGGUUGCUGGAUGGUUUGAAGUCUCUUAAUGGAGGGAUUGUUAAUGUCAAUAAACUUGGUUCAGUUUUGAAAACCAUGGGAUGGAAACUCACAGAAGACGAAAUUAAGGAUCUCAGAUGCAACCUGCCCACUGAUGUAUAUGGAAGAAUUGCAAUGAAAAAGUUGUUUGAUGGAUUAAAAGCUUCUGCAGGAAAAAAGAUGAAUGCGCAACAUGUACCAGAUUUUGUGAGCAAUUUGGGUGUUGAGCUAACAGAUAAAGAACAAAAGAGGCUGCUGAAGAAGCUUCCAGUUGGUGGAGGGAAGGUUAAAAGAAGUCAAGUCAAUACUGUUCUAGAAAACAUGGGAAUCGAGCUCACAGGAAAGGAGCUUCAGAGUCUAACAGAUAACCUAUCAGUUGAUGGUAAUGGGAAGGUUGAUUUUGAUAAGUUGAUGGAUGGAGUAAAAACUCUUACAGGAGGGGAGAUUGAUGUCAGUGUUGUGGGAAAUAGUCUAGGAAACAUGGGAUUAGAGCUCACAAAAAAGGAAUGGUUGACACUGCUGAAAAAUCUACCAAUAAAUGCAGAUGGAAAGAUCUAUCAAAAUAGGCUAAUGGAUUCUGUUAAGUCUCUUAAAGGAGGAAUGGUUGAUGUCAACAAGCUGGACAUAGUUCUGGGAAAUAUGGGCAUGAGCCUCACAGAAGAGGAACUUAAAGAUCUGACACAGAAUCUUCCAGAAAAUGUUGAUGGAAAAGUUGAUAUAAAACAGGUAAUGGAUGCAGUGAAAUCUUUCACAGGUGAAAAGGUUGAUAUCGAUAACUUGGAAAAUGUACUGAAAAAUAUGGGGAUUGAACUCGCUGAUCCGGAAUAUACAAAGCUGGUGAAAGCACUGCCCAUUAGGGAUGAUGGAAAGGUGUAUCAAAAUAGGAUAUUAGAGGCUCUGAAGUCUUUAAAAACUAGUGGAAAAGUUGAUCUGAGUAAAGUGAUGGAUGGAGUGAAAGCUGUUACAGGAGAAAAGGCUGAUCUCAAUGAUGUGAAAACUGUUCUGGAAAACAUGGGGAUAGAGCUCAAAGAUAAAGAAUGCUUGGACCUGAUGAAACAUCUUCUUUCUAAGGAUGAUGACAAGAUCUUUCAAAACAGGUUGCUAGAAGUUGUGAAGUCUCUAAAAGAUGGGAAAGUCAAUGUCAACGACUUGAAUGCUAUACUGGAUAAUAUGGGAAUCAAGAUCUCAGAUAAGGAACUUAAGGUUCUGACUAAAAAUCUCCCUGCUGAUGGUGAGAAGAUUGAUUCUAGUGACUUGAAAAAUUUCCUGGGAAGCCUGGGGAUUAAGCUCACAGAUAAGGAAAAAGAGAAGCUGCUGAAAACACUGCCAGUUGAUGCUGCUGGAAAGGUAUAUCAAAAUGGGUUGCUGAAGGCUAUGAAAUCUCUCAAAGGGGGGAAGGUUCGUGCAAAUGACCUGGAAAACACUCUAAAAAAACUGGGAAUUGAGCUCACAGAAGAGGAACUUACAAAGCUGUCAGAAAACCUACAAAUUGAUGCUAAUGGGAUGGCUGGUCUGAAAGAGGUGAUGGAUGGAGUAAAAGCUACUACAGGAGGAGAGGUUGAUGCCAAAGACGUGAAAACUAUUCUGAAAAACAUGGGAUUAGAGUUCACAGAUAAGGAACGUUUGAAGCUGAUGAAAAAUCUGCCUUUCAAUGAUGAUAACAAGGUCUUUAAGAACAGAUUGCUAGAAGGUGUGAAGUCUCUUAAAGGCGGGAAGGUCAAUAUCGACAACCUGGACACCAUUCUGAACAACCUGGGGAUCAAGCUUGCAGAUACUGAACUUAAAGAUCUGGCUGAAAACAUGCAUGUUGGUGUUGAUGAGAAAAUUCCUCUAGAAACACUGAUGGAAAACAUCACAGAUUUUACAGGUGAGUGA